CCCUGCGAGGUUUUCAACGGCCGUUUUGGCUCGGACCCAGGGUCUGCCCACUCUAAAAAUGAAAUAAAACCGCUCGAUUCCUGAUUUAACGCUCAAAUAAAACAGGAUGGAUUUUACGAUCCCGUUUCUUCUCGCCUUCUUCUUCUCUUCUUGCGAGUCGACACUCUACGUCCAGGAACUCGAUGAAGCCAGCCGGAUCCGAUGCUGCAACUUCCCGAAAUACGACAUGUACAUAUACUGUUAUAAAGGGAAGCCAAAACAUAUAGUACAUAUGUGGGAAACUGUACAGCUGCUUGUCUCCUUGACUCCAGACAAGUAUGACCACUUCGAAGGUUUCAGCCCAGAAGAGGUGUCCGAGAAGUUCGAAAACCACAAGACAUCUUGGAAUUUUAAUGUGUACUUAAACAAGAGGAACUUCAUCAAGUUGAAUCCAUUUAACAGGACUUGCAUCGGCAUAGUUUCAAAAGAAGAUUACGAUGUCGGCUUAAACAGAAUCCGUGUGGACUACUGGAGAAUCUUGCUUUUUGUGAGUGGAGUCAUUCUAUUUCUGUCUGCCUCUAAAUUAAGCAGUAAUUCAAUAUUUUACUAUCUAACCGGAAUAUCCGUUGGGAUGUGUGCCUCCUUACUUAUAUUGAUCUACAUAUUGAGCAGAUUCAUGCCAAAGAAACCGGUCAUGUACAGCUUUCUUGCUGGAGGUUGGACUCUAGGAUUGUACUUAGCACAAUUGGUUUUUGACAACAUAAAAACGGUUGUGGUAGAAUAUAAGAACUAUGUUUUGUACUAUGUUUUAACAACCGGCAUCAUUAGCUUCAUCAUAUGCUAUCGCCUGGGCCCGGUAACUGAUCCAAGAAGUAUUAAUUUAAUUAAAUGGGCAAUGCAGUCUGUGGGGUUGAUGAUAAUGUUUUUUUCAAGCGAUUUUCAAGAAGCUUCAAUGGCUUUAAGUCUAGUCUUAUUAAUUCUGUACAAUUUGCCUUUUAUGUUUAUAGGCAGAUCAUACAACAGAGUGAAGAAAUGGUGGCGCCCACCUAAACAUAAACUCUUGACCGAGGAUGAAUAUCACCAGCAAGGAGUAAUGGAAACCGAGAGAGCACUGGAUGAUUUGCGUGGUUAUUGUUCGAGUCCAGAUUGCAAUCAAUGGAAGACUGUUUUAAAGUUGAAGGACCCACUAAGGUUUGCCAAAUUUGUGGAAGGAUGCUCACACCUGGACGACAGUGAGGUGCUCGCCUUCCACCACGAGGAUAUUAAAACGAUGGAGAGUGAGAGUGGAGACGAUUUGUUGACCGAUGACUCAGAUAGAGACUGAGAAAUGUGUAUAAAAUAUGUACGAAUUGUUCGGUUGUUUUUAUCCUUGGACUAUUUUGUAAAAUCUUGUAAUCAAUUUUUCUAUUAUGUUUUCCGCCUCAUCAUUCAAAUCUUCUAAAUACUCCUUUUAAAUGUAAAAUUUCCUCUUGUUCAAAUCAAAAGCUUCCUGGUUACUAAAAUAGCAUUUUUUAAAUUAUCAAUUUUGUACGACUGAUAUUUUGUAUUAAAAAUUUAGUUUUUUUUA